UUGACAGUUUACCGUGAGAUGGAUCGCUGCUCAUCCCAUUCAAACGAAGAAUCUCCGUGGUCAAAGGUUUUUAAGAAUAAACCGAACGUCUCUUCUAAUCCAAUGAGUGAAGUAAUGCGACCCUCGAAUUACACUCUUGGAGAUGUAUCUGAGCAAGCAAAAAGAAAGAUCGAUGCGAUUAUUAACAAGGCCAUCGUAUCCUGUCGCCGUGAUUCAGACUGGAACAAGAUUUACCGGGCUGUCAGCACCAAGCGAACAAAUGAAAAUCAGGAGGAACUGAUUGCUUUGUCUCAGGGUUUCGAUUCGAUGAAACUUGACACCGUGGAUCCUUCUUUUGGAAGAUUCCUGAAACUUAAUUUGCGAUGGAAUGAAGUGCUAAAUAUGUUGAAGCAAUUCUAUCCGAUGACAGCGGGGGAAAUUAAUAUACAAUCAACUCGACAUCUUUUGCUCUUUAUUCCCAAUGCUGUUAUGGGUUAUUUUGCUCACUUUGAAUACCGGUCAGAUAAUAAGAGUAUAUCCGUCUAUGUCAGAAGCAAGGAAACCCGAGCUGUUGAAGGUGAAUUGGAUGAUAUUGAAAAACCGUUUGUAUGUAGCUUAGCAACUACUCUAUCGUAUUACAUAUGGAAGAACACACACUAGUUAUAUAGGUUUCUCCGUUUCCAGGAGAGCUAUUUAACAAAAGCCAUCAUUAUAAAUAAAUAGAAAUAUUCAUAUUAGAAAUAUUUCC